GAUUGGGAGGGGACUGGAACACCUGAAUCACAUGAUUUGGAGGGGAUUGGAACACCUGAAUCACAUGAUUGGAGGGGAUUGGAACACCUGAAUCACAUGAUAUGGAGGGGAUUGGAACAACUGAAUCACAUGAUAUGGAGGGGAUUGGAACACCGGAAUCACAUGAUAUGGAGGGGAUUGGAACACCUGAAUCACAUGAUAUGGAGGGGAUUGGAACACCUGAAUCACAUGAUUGGGAGGGGAUUGGAACACCUGAAUCACAUGAUAUGGAGGGGAUUGGAACACCUGAAUCACAUGAUAUGGAGGGGAUUGGAACACCUGAAUCACAUGAUUGGGAGGGGAUUGGAACACCUGAAUCACAUGACUGGGCGGGGAUUGGAACACCUGAAUCACAUGAUAUGGAGGGGAUUGGAACACCUGAAUCACAUGAUUGGGAGG